AUGGAAAAUUCCAGAGAAAGCGGCCGUGCCGCAACCGAAGUGGCUGUCUCCGCUCCUUCCUCGAGCGCUAGCCUCAUGACCUUGCCUCUGGAGCUGCUCAUCGAGAUCAUCAAAUUCGCCAAGCUUUCUAAAAAUCGAAGAGGGGUCUACGUUGAAGAUCGAAAGAGGCUGAGAGUAUUGUCACGGGUCUGCAAACUCUUCCGCGUUUUCACCAUCUCUGACCUCUUCAAGACUGUCUGUCGAACGGUCGAUGAGGACGAGAUCGAAGCCCAACUCAAAGCCAUCGAGGGAAACGCGUUGAUACUGGGUUCCAUACGCCACCUAUCUCUUUGCACCCGAGGCCCCGAGUGGCCUCCGACGAAGUGGCGCAAUGACUACGACCCAUCCGUUAUCCCAUGCUCAAGAGCCACAGCGGCACUUCUAGUUGAGAUUUUGCGGAAGACCACCCCAGAGGAAGUUCGUCUUACCUUCAAAUGUGGAAACAAGUCCAUAGUCGCCUUCUUCCGGGCAGAGCUUGAGAAGCAGAAGGCAUGCCUGCAAUCCGUCCGAGUCUUGGUAUACCCUUCGUCGGUCACCACCAGCUUCAUCCCUCAGACAUUUCCAAACCUUCGUUGCCUAAGUCUCGUACUCGACGGCUCUCCUAUGCACACGGCUGGCCUCAGGGUCAUUGCCCCAAAGCUGCAAACCCUUGCAACGCUAGAGCUCUACAAGGCGCAUUGGAAAUCUAGCGAUCUCGAGGAAGUCGUAAAGCUCUUUCCAUCUAUCAACUAUCUUCUCAUUGAUGGCGAGCUGAAGUCCACUAGAGUCUCACCACUUGGAGAAGCUGGCUUUGACUGA